AUGGAGGAGAAACCCAUCGAAAAUGAAUCAGUUUCACGGGAACUCGCAGAACAUCUGAAUUUUUCUGAAUCAAAUUCGAGCACUUUGAAGGACAUGCAGAACGGUGUUAGAAAUGUCGCAAGUCAGAUAGAAGACAUCAAGCAAUCUUUGGAACAUGUCCGAUCAGAUGUAGAUGCACGUUCCGAAGUUGCUUCCAAGGAACUUUACGACGCGGCUCAUCACUUGGAUGCAUUAUAUGACAAGAUCGAUUCUUUAGAGAGAUUUAUUAACAUAGUUAAACAAACCGUCAAUGAAGUCACUGAUGCUGUUGAUGAAGCGGAAGGAUUUCUCACCAAUCCCAUUAACCUAGUGCUGGAUACAAUUAAACUAAAUACCGCCAAAUCAAUCGAGGUUUCGGAUUUAAGAGUUCCGCCGAUGAGACCUUUGAACAUUUAUCGCACAUCAGAUCAUUUUCCUGAUGCACCCAACGCUGAUUGA